UGAGCUCAUAGUUACACCUCACCCUUCUGCCGUUCUCUCUUCCUUCAACUAUAAAUACAUAGCUUGCUUAACACAGCCACUUCAUCCACAAGCAAGAUAGCAAUCUAAGCAUAGAGAGAGCAUUUUAGCAAGAACACUACAUAACCAUGAUUCAUCCAAAGAAGCUGGCUCAACUGGCUAAGAAGUUGCAGAGGCUGGUGGCAGCCGGUGGCCAGGAGACUGCAGACACCGACGGAUGCUGCAGCAUUGCUUCUGUUGCAGACAAGGGCCAUUGUGUCGUGUACACCGCUGAUGGAUCACGGUUCGAGGUCCCAUUGGCUUACCUUGGCACAGUGGUCUUCAGAGAGCUCCUACGGAUGUCUCAAGAGGAGUUUGGCUUCACCUGCGAUGGCAAGAUCACAUUGCCCUGUGAUGCCUCUGUGAUGGAGUAUGUGAUGUGUUUGAUUAGGAGAGAGGCCUCUGAAGAGGUCGAGAAGGCGUUCCUGAGCUCCAUAGCGAGGCCUUGCUACAGUAUGAGUUGUUUGCCGCCAUCAGCUGGAUUUUAUCAGCAAUUUUCUGUUUGUAGCUAGUGGUACAUGUUUUUGUUCAGUUAGAUAUGUCAGUUUUCAGGACAAUAGGAAAUGCAACAAAGAUACCUAUUUUCUCAUCUUAGCAGACCAGUGUGAAUUUUCUGAAAAUGUCAGUUUCCUGUGAUUAUUCACAUCUGCAUCUUUUGCGUUGCUACUUGCUAAAUGUUCUUGAUAAGAUUAGCAAGCUUUCUUGUAAAAAAGAAGUCAUCCUGCCAGUCAGUCAAUUGGUUUUGUUGAUGAAUUUUGGAAGAUGUUUGCAAAACUUGAAAAAAUAGUCAACGAAGAAUUUGAAGCUACACCUAUAUUUACCAAAUUCUCAAGCACUGAUGAAAGAAGAUAAAACAGAGGGCUAACCUCGAUUACAUAAUAGUGUCAAAAAGAUGAACUUGAACUGGAACCAACCACUGUAUGAACCUCCUUUCUUUUGUUCCAUUUGCUUGUCUUUCGUCUGAUCUUGUUGUAAAUUCCUGCUCUGAGUAAUGAACUUGGCAGCUCUCCUGAUAUAUUGGAAAAAGAGAUACGAUUGCUGUGAGUCUCAACUGAGAAUUGUGGUCUACAUCUGCAAUGCUAGUUAGGUAUUGUUUUGUUAAGCAGCGCUUUGGUGGUUGCGAGUCUAGC